CUGGUAGAACGUACCGCUUGUGCCCGUUGAAGGGAAAUUGUUUUUCCCGUUUCACUGAGGUUACUUCGUUAUUUUGUUCUGUGUGAAAGUGGGGGACAAACAUUUCAGUGGGAUUUAACUUGUACAUCAGGUUAGUUGUUUUCAUAGGGACCGUAUGUUUUUAAUAUAUAUUUUAAAAAAAAAACAGCUUUGAGUCAUUCAGACUUUUGUUUUUUUAAUUUUAUGAUCGUUUCUAUUUGGAGAAUUACAUUGUAGAAAUGGAGCUGUAAGCAAGUAUUGCAAGGAUAGCGAGGUCCAUAUCUUUUUAAAAGCUACAUUUAACAUGAGCGAAUAGUUACGAAAAAUGCUAAAGAAAAACGUGUUUAUGAAGUAAAGAAAAAAUCAAUAAAAGCUCCCCAUAAUAAGCUCCAUAUAAUAAGCUCGACAUAAGAAGUACCACAUAAUAAGCUCCAUAUAAUAAGCUCGACAUAAGAAGUACCACAUAAUAAGGACCACAUAAUAAGCUCUACAUAAUAAGCUCCACAAGAUAAGCUUCAUAUAAUAAUAUCCACAUUAUAAGCUCCGUAUGAUAAGCACCAUAUUAUGACCCCCACACAAUAACCUCUACGUAAUAAGCUCCAUAUUAUAAGCUCCAUAAAAACCUCCAUAUAAUAAGCUCCUUUAGAACAGUGGUCCCCAAGUGGCGGACCGUGGACCUUCACCGGUCCGCAUGCCUAGCGCUGCCGGUCCCCAUAACAUAAAUAUUUAUUGUCAAAUAGAAAUAAAGGUAUAAAAAUAAAUCAUGCACCGGUCCAUGGUAAAAUUUCGAAACUUGUUCACCGGUCCACCAAAUUUACAAGUUUGGGAACCACUGCUUUAGAAUAAGCAUGCGAUUUAAGUGACAUGUUUAUUAAAAACAUCAACGUACAAGUGUCAUGAAGGAGGAAAAAGACAUCUAACUUGACGGCAUUUGUUUCAGUGUCAUCUCAGGUCAAUAGUUUAAGUCAUGUCAAUAGUUUAAGUCAUGUCAGUAGUUUAAAUCUUGUCAGUAAAUUAAGUCAUGUCAGUAGUUUAAGUCAUGUCAGUAGUUUAAGUCAUGUCAGUAGUUUAAAUCUUGUCAGUAAAUUAAGUCAUGUCAGUAGUUUAAGUCAUGUCAGUAGUUUAAGUCAUGUCAGUAACUUAAGUCAUGUCAAUAGUUUAAGUCAUGUCAGUAGUUUGAAUCUUGUCAGUAAAUUAAGUCAUGUCAGUAGUUUAAGUCAUGUCAGUAGUUUAAGUCAUGUCAGUAGUUUAAGUCAUGUCAGUAACUUAAGUCAUGUCAGUAGUUUAAAUCUUGUCAGUAAAUUAAGUCAUGUCAAUAGUUUAAGUCAUGUCAGUAGUUUAAGUCAUGUCAGUAGCUUAAGUCAUGUCAAUAGUUUAAGUCAUGUCAGUAGUUUGAAUCUUGUCAGUAAAUUAAGUCAUGUCAGUAGUUUAAGUCAUGUCAGUAACUUAAGUCAUGUCAAUAGUUUAAGUCAUGUCAGUGUUUCUGUGUGAUCUCUGGUGAAGACGUCAAUAGUUUAAGUCAUCUCAGUAAUUUAAGUCAUGUCAGUGUUUCUGUGUGAUCUCUGAUGAAGAAGUCAAUAGUUUAAGUCAUUUCAGUAGUUUAAGUCAGUAGUUUAAGUCAAGCCAGUAGUUUAAUUCAUGUCAGUAGUUUAAGUCAUGUCAGUGGUUUAAGUCAUGUCAGUAGUUUAAGCCAUUUCAGUAAAUUAAGUCACGUCAGUAGUUUAAGUCAUGUCAGUGGUUUAAGUCGUGUCAUUAGUUUAAGUCAUUUCAGUAAAUUAAGUCACGUCAGUAGUUUAAGUCAUGUCAGUGUUCCCGUCUGAUCUCUGAUGAAGAAGUCAAUGACCAUCUUGUCUCCAACAAUCCUACUGCAAAAUUUUGUCUUCUAGGCGUGAAGAAAUGGUAUAGUAAAAAUUGCACCCUCUCCCCUCACAGACACACACAUGUACGUUCACAAGACUCCAGGCCCCGCCACAACCAAGGGAGUUAAAAAUAAAAUCAAAAAGUUUACAAAAUUUAAGUUUUUAAAAAAAUAAAAAAAAAAGUAAUCGCUUGAGUUUGGUACAAUUUGCGAUAUUCAGUAAUUUUCGGGAUUUUUGACAAAAAGAUAUACUUGAAUCCGUUUCUUAAACCAGUUAUAACCGGUACCGAGUCAGUGUUACAGUGUUAAGGGUAGAAGUUCCAAUCGUAACAAUGAUCAGUGACGACACGACUGAAAGACUUAACACCGGUUCUCACAGUUGAUGAAAUGGUCGUUGCUUUACUUUAUUCAAUAGAGUUUUUCGAGGACACAUCUUUUUUUUUUUUUUUCAAAUAAGAUUUUUACGAAUUCAAAAUAGUACUAUAAUAUCUAUAGGACCACGUCUCAGGUGUCCGAAUGUGUCCGAAUAGGUUCAGUGUGUCCGCAUAUUUUUUCAAGGAGCAAGAGUCUUUUCAGUGAAUUCCUUUAUACGCUAAUUAAUGUUUACAAUCUUUUGAGUGUAUUCAAGCGUUCAAAUUUAUUUUACACCGAGUGCGUUGUUACAGGCUAGUUUCAAGUGCGAAUAUAUUUAUGUAUACGUAUGUUACAAAGGGUUGAAAUAGACUAAAUGGGUUGGAAUAUAGUCAGAGGAUUGGAAUGUGUUCAGAUUAUUGGAAUAUAGUCAGAUUAUUGAAAUAUAGUCAUAAGAUUGCAAUAUAGUCAGAAGGUUGGAAUAUAGUCAGAGAAUUGGAAUGUGUUCAGAAGAUUGGAAUAUAGUCAGGAGAUUGGAAUAUAAUCAGAAGAUUGGAAUAUAAUCAGAGAAUUGGAAUGCGGUCAGAUGAUUAAAAUAUACUCAGAAGAUUGCAAUAUAGCACUAUGAUUUAAUUAUAGUCAAAGGAUUGUUAUGUGAUCAUAUGAUUGGAAUGUAGUCAGAGGAUUGGAAUAUAGUUAGAUGAUUUGGAUAUAUUCAGAUGAUUGGAAUAUGUUCAGUCGAUUGGAAUAUAGUCAAGUAAUUGGAAUAUAGUCAGAGGGUGCGAAUAUAGUCAGAUGAUUGGAAUAUAACCAGAGAAUUGGAAUGUUGUCAGUGGAUUGUAAUAUAGUCAGAGGGUUGAAAUAUGCUAAAUGGUUUGGAAUAUGAUCAGUGGGUUGGGAUAUGAUCAAUGGGUUGGGAUAUGAUCAAUGGAUUGGAUAUGAUCAAUGGGUUGGGAUAUGAUCAAUGGGUUGGGAUAUGAUCAAUGGGUUGGGAUAUGAUCAAUGGGUUGGGAUAUGAUCCAGUGGUUUGGAUUUAUUUCCAUAGUUUUUCAGAAUCAAGUUUCCGUCAGCUUUGCAUUACUUCAAAGGUUAUAAAAUCAAUUGAAAUUAACUUCAAGUGACUGUUCAAUAUACACUGUAAAUGAUCCCCUAUCAUUGUCAUAGACCCGCUAGGCACAAUAUAAAAAAAAAUGUAUAGACUAAUUGGGAUAGUAUUUAGAAAUACAAUAAAAUGCACGAAUGUAGGACUGGCGUACUUGCUCAUAGUGAUUUGUACAUUUCGAAAACUUACAGUGAUUAUUUAAGGGCGUUUGUAAAAGGAACAUAAGAGGAGGCAGCAGAGAAAUCGGCGAAUGGGAGAGCAUCGCUUAUCACCUUUCCAGCUGGUUAACAGCCGUGUAUUAAAGAGUAAACAGCUGUAUAUUAGGGAGUCAAACAGCUGUAUGUAAGGGUAUGAAACAUACAACAUUGAGGAAGGCAAAAGUUAUACAGAAGUCGAGGUUCUCCUGUGAGAGGAGACCACCCGAGAUUGCCAUUCCAGGAUCGGCCUCGUGAGCCAUAUGACGAGGUGCCAGUAAGCUACUCCAUCGUAUCAGGGUAUUAAUGGGAGAGACUGCAACCAGGUUAGCACAAUAUUAAAAGGAGAAAAACAGAGUAGGGUUAAACUUCGUAUCACGAGGACUUAAGGAUGCCAUGUAAAAUUUUCUUGAAUUUUUUACGACACGUGCUUUUACUCUACAUUUUUUAGAGCUUGAAAUUUAAAGGUACUUUCUUUUGGAUUUAUUUCUCCCCCUUCCUAACUCCCCCCCCCCCCCCGACACGUGCUUUUACUCUACAUUUUUUAGAGCUUGAAAUUUAAAGGUACUUUCUUUUGGAUUUAUUCCCCCCCCCCCCAACCACACCACCCCUCCCCCCCGUGGCUAUCAGACUCAGAUUCAUAUUCACACACCUGACCAGCUCAAUGUAUCUUAACUUUAUACUAACUGUUGCAGAAAAGACUCUGCACAUUGAAGUAUGCACUUUAACCCACUGCGCAGAUAGGCACCGCUUAAAUGCGCUCUUUUCAAUUUCACACCGUUUCACUGCAUUUAACCCCCGUCCGCCAUGCUUCGUACUCGAUUACCUCGUUGUUUUAUAAUAGAAUACUAUCCACCCUACUUAUAAAUCGAUCCUACUCUUCUCCACCCUACGUGGUAUUCGAUACCACUGUCAGACCUAUUACAUGUACAAACACUCUCCCCUCCGUACUUGGUACUCGAUUCCCGCUAGGUAUUACGUUACAGAAAAAAAAAUGGUACCGGUUUUUGGUGAUGCACGGUAUUUCGAAAAUCAAUAUUUUAUAUUUGCAGUGUCUGCCCUAAAUCAACUGGAGGUAAUCUAUCGUGACAAACCAGGCAUCCUGAACACAAGGUUCCACUUCCACGUUAAAUCCGCAACACAGUCACAUAUGUACAUGACUGAGCAUGUUUACCUCACACAUACAGAUCUUCCAACAUACAUUCGGCGCAUACAAGAAACACCCACUGUGUGUAUUACAUACGUGUAUGUCCUUGUGCAUAACUAUGCGGAUCCUGUUACGUCAAUAUUUUUUUUCACUACACGCAUCAACGACAAACAGUUAUAGAAACACCCUUAUUAUACACCAAGAUCUUGAAUCCACUCAUCCACAGUAUAGUGCACUUAUCCACAGUAUAGUGCACUUAUCCACAGUAUAGUGCACUUAUCCAAGGUAUAAUCCAUUCAUCCACAGUAUGAUCCACUCACAAAUUUCAUGUCCACUCACACACAUCAAGUCCACUCACACAUCUCAAGUCCACUCACACACAUCACGUCCACUCACACACAUCACGCCCACCCACAAAGAUCAUGUCCACUCACACACAUCAAGUCCACUCACACAUCUCAUAUCUACUCACACAGCUCUUUUCCACUCACAUACAUCACGUCCACUCACAAAGAUCACGUCCACUCACACAGCUCAUGUCCACUCAUACAUAUCCCGUCCACUCACACAUAUCACGUCCACUCAAAAAGAUCAUGUCCACUCACACAGCUCAUGUCCACUCACACAUAUCCCGUCCACUCACACAGCUCAUGUCCACUCACACAUAUCCCGUCCACUCACACAUAUCCCGUCCACUCACACAUAUCCCGUCCACUCACACAUAUCCCGUCCACUCACACAUAUCCCGUCCACUCACACAUAUCCCGUCCACUCACACAUAUCCCGUCCACUCACACAGAUCACGUCCGACACACAGAUCACGUCCACACAGAACAUAAUUUAAUUCACCCACAGCAACCGUUGCAACCCGCAAGUCCUCAUUGUGUCGACCAUGCGUAAAUUAAUACGAACAUUUCUAUAUUCAUAUCUAUACAUAUACGCCCAUCAUUGUUUUAUCUGCUCAAUCUAUAUUAAGAUCAUUACAAAUUGUAACGAUUCAACAAUACAAAGCAAAUAUCGAUUCCGUUUCAAUCCAUGAAAACAAUAUGUUUAAAGACGCUGUUCAAUGUAUCGAUUCACUUGAUGCAUUAGUUGCAUAUGUUUAUUCCAGCUUUGAUGUUAAGCUUGGGGUUACAACUUUGUGUCAGAGCCGUUUCACGACUUUUGGUGGGACCCCACCCCCCACCACCACUCUGCCAUUUUUCGGUUUUAUGCCCCUUGCAAACAAGGUUGAUGGUUUUAUUUUGUCCACAUCUCAAUCUUGCCCAUCCCCUUAAUUUCUACAUCACAAUAUCUCUCCCCCCCCCCCGUUAAUAUCCGAAGGCUAACGCAACGCCCCUGCUUGGUAGAGUCAAAUAAUUAACCAACAAUGGGUCGAUGUCAGCUUAACCAACAAUGGGUCGAUGUCAACAGAAUUCACGCACCAUCAGCUCUGUUGUGUCAUACCAAGCAUGACGUAUUACUGAGACGUUCUUGUGGAUCAAUUUAAAAAAAAAUUGAGUUUUACUGUCAGUGGAUUAAGUGGUGGUUACUGGACACUAUUCAAUUGGCGGUCUCAUCAACUCCACACAGCAAUGUCAGUGACAUCUAAAUUAUCUUGAGAAAUAACUAUGUCCUCUCCACACAGCAAUGUCAGUGACAUCUAAAUUAUCUGUAAAAAUAACUCUGUCAACUCCACACAGAAAUGUCAGUGAGAUCUAAAUUAUCUGUAAAAAUAACUCCAUCUGCUGUGACUGCUAGUGAAAACUACCUUCCCAAGUAAUAAAUUAAAAAAAAAAAAGCAGUUUAAAUCAUGGUAAUACCCAUCUUAUUGUCAGCCGCCAAUAGUGUAGACUCUUUUCAACACUGACCCCGUUUCAACAACUCAACCGUAAACAACCCCUGCAACAACGAUUCUAUUUAUAUUUCAUACACCAUUUCGGUCCUCUCCCUCUCCCACCAUCCCUCUCUCCCACUCCUUCUCUUUCUCUCUUCCACUCUCAAACUCUCACACUCUUUCUCUCUCUCUCCCACAACAUAUUUUCUCUCUAUCACUCUCCAACUCUCACACUCCCCUCUCUCCUACUCCUUCUGUUCCACUCUCCCUCUCUCCCACCCUCUCUUUUUCUCUUCCACUCGCAAACUCUCUCACUCAUCUCUCUCCCAAUCCCCACUCACCCUCUCUUCCCCUCUCCCCCUUUCUCUCUCCACCACUCCUCCUCCUCCUUACUCUUAUUCUCUUCACCUCCUCUCUUACACACUCCCUAUCUUCCACUUUCACUUUUCCUAUGUUCCACUCUCCAACUUUCCCUCUCUCCCACUCUUCCUCUCCCUCUCUAACACUCUCCCUCUCUUCCGCUCUUCCACUCUCCAAAUCAAUCUCUUCCCACUCUCGUGUUUCAUGUAAAUAUAUCCGUUCGCAUCGCCACGCGUUUCCCAUACGAGGACCACCAUCAAAAGUUCCUCUCUCCACCUGUGCCACGCAGAGUUUCAUACCUUCACGAAGUCCCAUUGCUCUGUGCUCCCAUAGUGUUUGACUAAUGAUGUCACGAGCCUAAACUGAAAGAGUAAAUUAAAGUAACUAGCGGACCAUCAUUUUUUAUUUUAGUUCAGUGGUUCUCAGUUCACAACUGGUAUGCGUGUCUCAACAGUACAGUUAUAAAAGAUAUAUUUACGAAGCUGGAGAUCUGCACAAUAGCAAACCAUUUGCAUUCUCGUUUUUAGGUAUAAUGUGAUUUGUAAAAAAAAUUAGGCUGUGGCCGGCUUGUAACAUUAUUAGGAAGAAUGAAACUGGAGGACUUACUUGUUACAGGUCUCUGGACUAGCCAAGUGAAGUGGGUAUAGAAGUAGAUUUAGUGUCCGCGGAUAGAACUUGUGGACCGCUGCUGGGCUAAGCAAACGUCUACACCUUCCUCCCGCGUUUUGAUGUGACACCAAUGAAAAGGGAAUGUGGGGGGGAGAGAGGGAAAAAAGAGAUAGAGAAAGUACAUUCGUAUUUAUAGAAGUAAAUUUUAUCAUAACUUUAUGUUAAUUAGAAAUCAUUUUUUUUUUCAAAAAUAUAAUAAUCUCUUUUUCUCUCUCUCUCCCUCCGUCUCUCUCUCUCUCUCUCGUUCUUUCUCUUUCUUUCUCUCUCUCUAUCUCUCUCUAUCAAUCAAUCUAUCUAUCUCUAUCUUAUCUUUAUGUUAACUAAUAAGUAUCUGAAACGAUACUAAUGAUUUCACAAAACAGAAGUCAGAAUCCAGGAUUACUAUCGCCCCUAAAGCGAGCAGUGGGAGAAUCAAAUGUGACAACGGUCCACCUCUCUUCUGACUUUUCUAUCGCAUCACAACAAACUUUUAAAAUGAAUUUUACAAACCAAUAUUGCUUAGAUUAUCAGUAAUCUUUUCAUAACAUUUUUUUUUUCUUUUUAUAUUCUUCUAUUUCAGCCUGUAAAAGACGUUGCCGCAGCUUUGGUCCAACAUGACGAGAUUAUGGCUGCUGGUAGCCUUUCUGGCAACAACACUGUGCCAUUUGUAAGCCAAAAUUUUGUUUUUAAAAACUUAAUACCGCUUGGCUUAAAGUUUGAAAAGUUUAGUGAGUCUGCCGUGAGUCUGCGAGUUACCCUUCAGUUGUACACUGAUUCUCAAAGGUUGAUUGAAAAGCUAAACCAGAAUCUGGAGGGUAAGAGGUUGAGUCACCAACUAAGAGGCUGACUGAAUUUCGGUUUCGGUGCCGAAAGUUGCAAUUUGAUCACUUGCGGCAUAGUUUAGGUAUCGGCCAAGCUGGAAAGUUAAGUCUCGGUUAAUCUUCUGUUUCUGCCGAAAGUAAUAGAGGCUUCCAGGCGUCUACCAGAAGUCAGACUGUCAUCUUGUUUGUCCGUCUUCCGGCAAUCCGAUAUUCAUUAUUGCUUGACGUCUGGCGGUCGUCGUAUGAUGUAUAACUAAUCUUCUGCGAACGCUGCUGACAGCUGCGUGAUGACCUACUUGUCCAAUAUUCCCAAAAAUAAAAUUUCAAUUAGGCUUCGGAAAAAGUAAAUAGUUUUGUUGAAAAAAAACUACAGGAAUGCUUAUACUUAUAUUAUUAUUUAUGUUUCAUUUUUUUAAACAAAUAAAAUAUUUAAAAAAUUGGGACCCCUUUGUUUAUUCAAUCAAUUCAUUUGCGACGUUCCUUUUGAUUUAUCAUUAUCAUGCUCAUAUAUUUUACCAUAGGCACGGGUGAAUAACUUUGUGAGAAAAAAAUACUAGGGUUUUGUAACUUUUCCGUUAUUUUAAAGUUAAAAAAAAUAAAACUUUAAGACAUUUUCAAAAAAAAUGUACGGAUAAGCGGAACAACGAGUUCCUUCAUGGAAUACGUCUGGAUAUUUUGUUGGGCCAUACCAUUAAACAAUAAUUAGGCUAAGAUUUCGAUCGAUGGCGUUGUUCGCUAAUUACGACACGCCUUCCCCCCCCCCCACAGCCCAACACCGUAAAAAAAUUGACUUAUUAUACUACUUCAAAAUUUUAACAACUUUAAAUGACUUUUUAGUUCAAAAGGUAAAAGACAAAGUAUUGUUUAGAUAUUUAUAUAUUAACAUUUUCUGUAACAUCAUUUUUGAUAUAGCUAUAUAAAUGUCGAUGCCCCCCUUCCCCCCCCCCCCCCCCACCCCCCAAUCUCUUCAUUUUUCGACGUGCACAGAACAUAUGCGCAAGCGAGUUUCGAAAUAUCUAAAUCUUUAAGUUUUGGUUUGGGCCAAAACUCCCGUUGAGCUAUUGGCUUCGGCUUCGUUUUGGCUAAAAUUCGUUUUAAACUUUUGGGUUUGUUUCGGUUUUGGCCGAAACCAGAAAAAAUACGCUCGAUCGAUCUCUAGCACCAAAGCCAAUUUCUUGUCGGAAAUGCUCAGCUUCGAAACAUCUAAAUCUUUCGGUUUCUGAUGAAAGUCUUGUUAAGCUUUUGAUUUCGGCUUCGUUGUGGGCUGAAACUUAUUUUAAACUUUCAGUAUUGUUUCGAUUGCGACCAAAACCAUAAAAUUACAUUCGUUUGGUCGCUAGCACUUACAUUAAUUUCAAUACCAGCAGUCGAACUUUCUUAGAUUGCGAUCGAUGCAGUAAAGUCCUAGUUAUACACCUCUUCCCAUCCCAGGGUGGCGUUUUACGCCCUCCUAAAAGGGUUUCUACAAUUGAUUUCUAACUCGAAAAAAUGGAAAUGAAAUAUUGAUUUUAAAUAUCUUUAAACUAACACAAAAUCCAAGGUUCUCAUGUUGUUGUUGCUUUUUUUUUUGUUACCCCCUCCCCAGCACCACUUUGGCCCAAAAGAUUCCAGAAGAUGUGACUUCACAAACAACAACUCCUGCCCCAAAGAAGAACGCCACCUACUGGGUAACUUUCAGCAAUAAAAUCCGGCCCGGCCGGCGUCUGGAGCUGAAGGUCAACAUCCUGAAAGGAGUGGACCCCGUCCUCAUCACGUUCACCGUUUUGUCCAGCGACAAAAAUAAAACAUUUUUGGAAGCGCCUCCGACAAGUGUCCAGCCAGGAG